AUGGGCUGUUUUUUCAGCAGAGGUCGCGAGAAGACGAAAAGCCAGCCACCCACUUGGAUCCCCGCCCAACCGCCCAUUUAUCAGGGCGGAUCUGCCAAAAAGAGCGGCAUCGGCAGGGACGGCGGCACGGCUAUUCUUGCUGGUGCAGGUGCUGCCGUAGUUGCCACCGCUGCUGUGGCCACGAUUUUGGACAGUACUGAUCGCGGCGGUGGCGCUUGUGGUGGUUCUGGUGGAGGAGCUUCUGGUGAUGGAGGAGGGGGCGGCGGAGGGUGUGGCGGAGGCGGAUGCGGCGGAGGCGGGUCGCGAGAAGACGAAGAAAACGAAGCCACCCACUGCUCGACGGCCGUUUAUCAAUGCAGAUCCGCCAAAAAGAGCGGCGUCCGCAGAGACGGUGGUGCAGGCGCAGCAGUAGCAGCCACUGCUGCUGCGGCCACGAUCAUUUACAGUACUAAUGGUGGUGGCGGCUGCGCUUGCGGUGGUUCUGGUGGAGGAGCUUGUGGUGGUGGUGGAGGUUGCGGUGGAGGGUGCGGCGGCGGUUGUGGUGGCUGA